AUGUUAUGUUUUAUAUUUCGCCUUUCUUUUUUCUUUCUUUCUUUCUUUUUUCGUUUCUUUUUUUCUUUUCACUUAUCUAGAUUUAGAUUUGUUUUACAUUUCCCUUUUCUUUCUUUUUUCUUUCCGUCUUUCUUUUUUUUCCAUUCUUUCUUUUUUUUAACUUAUCUAUAUUUAAUGUCAUAUUUAUAUAUUUUCCCUUUCUUUCUUUCUUUCUUUCUUUCUUUCUUUCUUUUCACUUAUAUGUAUUUAAUGUUAUGCUUUAUAUUUACCCUUUUUUCUUUCUUUUUUUCCCUCUUCUUACUUUCUUUUCAAUUAUCCACAUUUAAUGGUAUGUUGUUUUUUCUUUCUAUAUUUCUUUCCUUCUUUUAUUCUUUCCUUUUUCUCUUCUUUCUUUCUUUUUUCACUUACCCAUAUUUCAUGUUAUGUUAUAUAUGUCCCCUUUCUUUCUUUCUUUCUUUCUUUCAUUCUUUCUUUCUUUCUUUCUUAUUGGAUUUAAUGUAUGUGAAUUUUUUUGUUUCAUUUGGAAUUUCUUUCCGGCGUUUCUGUUUCUUUUUCAUUCUUUUCUUACGUAUUUUAUUUUGUUACUUUUUUCUUUCAAUUUUUCCGUCCUUCAUUUAUUCAUCCUUUCUUUUUUACUUUCGUUGGUCAGUUUUCUCGCUUUUAUCUUCCAUCAUAUUAUUACCUCAUUUCUCUUCGUCAUCCUUCCUUCUAUCUUUCUUUUUUUCUUUCUAUAUUUCUUUCCUUCUUUUAUUCUUUCCUUUUUCUCUUCUUUCUUUCUUUUUUCACUUGCCUAUUUCAUGUUAUGUUAUAUAUUUCCCCAUUCUUUCUUUCUUCCUUCCUUCCUUCCUUCCUUCCUUCCUUCAUUUCUUCUUCCUUUCUUUCUUAUCAGUCAUCUAUAUUUAA